AUGGUGGGAGGUCGAUUGCUGUUGUUGCUUCUUACUAUUUCACUCCCAUCUGCCGCCGUUCCAACUCUUCCACACGUAUUCUUUGAUGAUUCUCAGUGCGUCAACCUGCGCUGCGAGUGGCGAGGAGUAGGGAAGCAAUGCAAAUCUGCCACGGUCCUCGAAACGGACUAUGGACAUUAUUUCGAAUUUCUUAAAGACGACGAGUCAGAUAACGAUCUUCUCACUCGCAUAAAGCUUCGUCAUCCUCUAAAUACGUUUAUGAUCGUGAACAACGCUGAACUGGGUGAGAUGUGUAAGGGGAGACGACUGUGGUGCAAUGUGGUAAACCAGUAUGGUGGUCCAAGAGCUUACGAAAUGUUCUUCGAAUUUCUUCUAAGCCCUGGCGUACCCAUCGAACUCAGACCAAAGCUUCACUGCUAA